AGAGAAGGCCAGUCGGAGUUGGAUCGGAGACUGUCGUCGACCAGCCGUUACCAGACGCAUCUGGACUGGAGCCGCAGCACAGCAGCUAACCCGUCCUUUCCAUUUAAUUAAUACGGACACCUUUUCAGAAUAUAGUAUUUAUUUAUUUUUCAACCUGUCGUUCAGGUGGACUCUGGAUAGUUGCCUCCCUUCCCCUCACCCUUUCUACCGUGUAAAAGGAACUAAGCCAUGCACCCUCCCCCGUCGCUCCUCUCCCUCCUCCUCCACCUCUCCCUGUACCCCAGUGCAUGCUGGUCCUCCAGGAUCAUCGUAGUCCCUCCCAUCAUGUUUGAGUCCCAUCUCUACAUCUUCAAGACCCUGGCCACAGAACUCCACCUCCAGGGACAUGAUACUUCCUUCCUGCUGUCAGAGGGGCGCCAGGUGCCCCCCUCCCCCCACUACACCUUCCAGCGUUACCCAGGCAUCUUCAACUCCUCCACAGCUGACAGUUUCCUCCAGUCAAAGGUCAGCAACAUCUUCUCUGGUCGUCUCACGGCGUUGGAACUCUUCGACAUCCUCGACCACUACGCCCAGAACUGCGACGCCGUUGUGGGAAACAAAGAGGUCAUGAGCCAACUCAAGGAUGCCAAAUUUGACCUUUUAUUGGUCGACCCCAACGAAAUGUGUGGGUUCGUGAUUGCUCACAUCCUCGGGGUUCCCUACGCUGUCUUUUCCACGGGCCUAUGGUACCCAGCGGAGGUCGGGGCUCCUGCCCCUCUCUCGUACGUCCCAGAGUUCAACUCUCUCCUCACCGAUCAGAUGUCUCUCGUCCAGAGGAUUACCAACACUGCGGUGUACCUGGUGUCCCGGUUCGGGGUUCAGUACCUGGUGUUACCGAAGUACGAGCGCAUCAUGAGGAGGCACGGCGUGGAGCCGCGGGUGGCCAUGCAGGAUCUGGUUCAGGGGAGCAGGCUGUGGAUGUUGUCCACUGAUCUGGCCCUGGAGUUCCCGAGGCCCACUCUACCACAUGUUGUCUAUGUAGGGGGGAUACUGACCAAACCUGCCAGCCCGUUACCUCAGGACUUUGAGUCGUGGGUAAAUGACACGGCGGAGCAUGGCUUCGUGGUCGUAUCGUUUGGCGCCGGGGUCAAAUACCUCUCAGAGGACAUCACUCACAAACUGGCUGGAGCCCUGGGCAGGCUGCCCCAACGCGUGGUCUGGAGGUUCUCGGGGGUUCCGCCCAGUAACCUAGGCAACAAUACCAAGUUGGUGGAUUGGAUGCCUCAAAACGACCUGUUGGGCCAUGCCAGAACAGUAGCGUUCCUGUCCCACGGUGGUCUGAACAGUAUCUAUGAAGCGAUGUACCACGGUGUGCCUGUCGUGGGCCUACCUCUGUUUGGGGACCACUACGACACUAUGACCCGGGUGGAGGCUAAGGGGAUGGGCAUCAUGGUUCACUGGAAGAGUAUGACAGAGGAGGAGCUGUACCAGGCACUGGCCACUGUUAUCAACAAUAACAAGUAUCGUCAGCGUGCCCAGGUGCUCUCUUCCAUCCAUAAGGACCAACCAGGUCACCCGGUGACAAGAGCUGUCUAUUGGAUAAACUACAUCCUCCGUCACCAUGGCGCCAACCACUUACGAUCCUCUGUCUACACUGUCCCCACCUACCAGUACUUCCUAUUGGACGUUGUGCUGGUCGUAGGGGCGGGGCUGGCCCUGAUUGGCUACCUGUUUUACCGGAUAGCAGCGCUACUAAGGUCAAAGGUUAAGGUUCAGGAGCGGGGGGGAGAGGUGACCCACGGUGACGGCAACGACAAGGCAAACGGACAUUGCCAUAGCAACGGAGCGGUCGCUAAUGGGAAGCACAAACGUAACGGAGCGCCGGUGAAGAACGACAAGAAGCAGAAGUAAAGGGGGCGGAGACUCUGUUCUGGGGUCAGAGGUCAGAGAGGAAGCUGAUUCUACUGUAGAGAUUUAGGGUUUAAGGGAGAACAGAACACUCCUCGUUCUGGGAGACUGCAGAAAGACAGGGAUGAGAUGUGUGCGUGUGUGUGUGUUUGUGUGUGGUUCGUUUCGUGGGGAGGGAGGAGGGUUUACAACCAAUGCUUACAAAACAACAACAACAAUCACCAAGGAGCUGGAAUGUCCAAAAGUCCCCUCCCUCUCCCCCUCCUCUCUUUCUUCCUCUCUCUCUCUCUCCUCUCCUCCUCUCUCUCUCUCUCUCUCCCCCUCUCUCCUCUCCUCCCCUCUCUCUCUCUCCUCUCCUCUCUCUUUCUCUCCCCUCUCUCCUCUCUCUCUCUCUCCCCUCUCUCCUCUCCCCCUCUCUCUCUCUCCUCUCCUCUCUCUCUCUCUCCCCUCUCCCCUCUCUCCCUCCUCUCUUUCUUCCUCUCUGUCUCCCCUCCUUCCUCUCCUCCCCUCUCUCCCCCUCUCUCCUCUCCUCCCCUCUCUCCUCUCCUCUCUCCUCUCCUCUCUCUCUCCCCCUCUCUCCUCUCCUCUCUUUUUCUCUAUCUCUCUCUCUCUCUCCCUCUCUCUCCUCUCCUCCUCUCUUUUUUCCUCUCUGUCUCCCCUCCUUCCUCUCCUCCCCUCUCUGCUCUCCUCCUCUCUUUCUCUCUGUCUCUCUCUCCUCUCCUCUCUCUCUCUCUCUCUCUCCCCCUCUCUCCUCUCCUCUUCUCUCUCUCCCCCUCUCUCUCUCUCCUCUCCUCCACUCUCUCUCCCCCUCUCUCCUCUCCUCCCCUCUCUCCCUCCUCUCUUUCUUCCUCUCUGUCUCCCCUUCUUCCUCUCCUCCCCUCUCUCCCCCCCUCCCUCCUCUCCUCCUCUCCUCUCUCGUCUCAUCUCUGGAAUGGAAGGAUGAAGAAGAGGGUCUCUGAACAACACCAACUAUGUUAAACUAUGUGUUUUUGAAGGAGUUUUUGAAGGAGAAUCGCUGCUCACCAAGCGACUGUGGUUAAACAUGUAUUUAUUAUGUAUAACAACAACACGCUAAGCCAUUCUUUAAUCAGAUUAUAUUUUAUUUAUUUUAUUUCACUCAUCAAUCAGUUAAACUGCAGUGUACAGUACAUCCUAACAGGGUUUGAACGAUACCAGAUGUUAUGUUGGUAAGAUAUACAGUAUAAUUAGAUAUAAUAUCUGUCUCUCUGUCUGUCUGCUUCCCUCAUUCCCUCUAUACUGUCCCUAAUGUCCACAAACCCUCAUUCCCUCUACACUGUCCCUAAUGGCCCCAAACCCUCAUUCCUUCUACACUGUCCCUAAUGGCCCCCUAUUCCUCCCCUCAUUCCCUCUAUACUGUCCCUAAUGGCCCCAAACCCUCAUUCCCUCUAUACUGUCCCUAAUGGCCCCAAACCCUCAUUCCCUCUAUACUGUCCCUAAUGGCCCCAAACCCUCAUUCCCUCUAUACUGUCCCUAAUGGCCCCAAACCCUCAUUCCCUCUAUACUGUCCCUAAUGGCCCCAAACCCUCAUUCCCUCUAUACUGUCCCUAAUGGCCCCAAACCCUCAUUCCCUCUAUACUGUCCCUAAUGGCCCCAAACCCUCAUUCCCUCUAUACUGUCCCUAAUGGCCCCAAACCCUCAUUCCCUCUAUACUGUCCCUAAUGGCCCCAAACCCUCAUUCCCUCUAUACUGUCCCUAAUGGCCCCCUAUUCCUCCCCUCAUUCCCUCUAUACUGUCCCUAAUAUCCCCAAACCCUCAUUCCCUCUAUACUGUCCCUAAUGGCCCCCUAUUCCUCCCCUCAUUCCCUCUAUACUGUCCCUAAUAGCCCCAAACCCUCAUUCCCUCUAUACUGUCCCUAAUGGCCCCAAACCCUCAUUCCUUUUAGAAUGCCCCUAAUAUUUUAACAUAGGAAAUAGGAGCCAUUAGAGAUAGGGGCCAUUAUAUUUUAAUAACUUGUUAUAAUGAACAGUAGGUGAUUGGUUGAAUCAGAGCAUAGCAACCUGUUCGGUUGUUGUCAUAGUAACCAGCAUCUAUUUUGACGACUGUAUUCUGAGGGUUUGACGACCUGUUGGAGACUGUUUCCCAAGUUGUUGGUUCACACCAGGUCACACACCGACAAAACAGAUCACACUGGAUCAAACUAGAUUGUACUGGAUCAUACCGGAUCAAACCGGAUCACACCAGAUCAUACCGGAUCAAACCGGAUCACACUGGAUCACACUGGAUCGUACUGGAUCAUACUGGAUCACACCAGAUCAUACCGGAUCAAACCGGAUCACACCAGAUCAUACCGGAUCACACUGGAUCGUACCGGAUCACACUGGAUCGUACCGGAUCACACUGGAUAAUUCGGUUCUAGAGCUGUAUUAAUAAACCAACUUGACUGACAGUUCUCUAACCAAUCAGAGGAGAGGAAGAGGCGGGACAAUAACCAACCAGGACAUUGAUGUCCUUUAGAAAAUUAAAAGUUUCCAGAAGAAACUCUAGGGUAUUUUGUCCCAAAUGGCACCCUAUUCCCUAUAGGGCUGUAGUCAAACGUAGUACACUAUAUAGGGAAUAAGGUUUUCAUUUAGGAUGCGACCCUAGAGGUCUUUGACAGUGGUCGUCCCCUCUCUAUGAGCGCUGUGUGUGUCUGCCUCGCCUUGGAAUAAGACUGGCAUACUUGAAACAUCUUCAUCAUCUUCAUCAUCUUCAUCAUCAGCAGCAGUAGAGCCAGGGGCAGGCAGCCAGGUCACAGACCAUGACUAGAGAAUGGAGACAAGGGAAAAAAAUGUUUUUGUGAAUUCAUCUCUUUACUUUUUGUAAUGAUUUCAUUAUUAAUGAUGUCUGUCUAUCUCCUUCCUCUGUCUCUCUAUCCUUCCUCUGUCUCUCUCUCCUUCCUCUGUCUCCUCUGUCUCUGUCUCUCUUUCUCUGUCUCUCUCUCUCUCUCUCUCUCUGUCUCUCUCUCCUUCCUCUGUCUCUCUCUCUGUCUCUCUCUCUCUCUCUCUCUCUCUCUCUCUCUCUCUCUCUCUCUCUCUCUCUCUCUCUCUCGGUCUCUCUCUCUCUCUCUGUCUCUCUCUCCUUUCUCUGUCUCUCUCUCCUUCCUGUCUCUCUCUCCUUCCUCUGUCUCUCUCUCUGUCUCUCUCUCUGUCUCUCUCUCUCUCUCUCCCUCUCUCUGUCUCUCUCUCCUUCCUCUCUCUCUCUCUUUCUCUCUCUCUUUCUCUGUCUCUCUCUCUCUGUAUCUGUCUAUCUCUGUCUCUCUCUCUCUGUCUCUCUCUGUCUCUCUCUCCUACCUCUCUCUGUCUGUCUGUCUGUCUGUCUGUCUGUCUGUCUGUCUGUCUGUCUGUCUGACUGUCUGUCUGUCUGUCUGUCUCCCUUUCUCUCUCUGUCAGGUUGUAGCUAAAGGUUCAGUAAUGACUUCACUAGAGUCCACCUGACCUGGUAUAAUGUGUUUUAAUAUUAGAAUAUUUAAAUCUUUACAUUUAUUUUUGACACUGAUUUUAAAUUAACUUGUCUGUCAGGGUGUGAAACCAUGUUGUAAAUAUAAACAUGUAAACAAACAACAGCUAAAUAAACAUUUGUUUGCAGCA